UGGGCGCAUCCCCCACUCCAAUACUGGGUAUUCUGUGCCACUUACUACCAUUUGUACAACGGAAACCGAACCCUUUUCGUAUCGUUUGUAACCUCUUCAGUAGCCUUCUCUGUCACUUCAAUGGCCUAUUGAUCCAUGCUACUUUGCUGAUCUCCCCGAACCCUAGAACUGCAAAUCAAGAAAAUGCGUCACAUUUACAUAAGUUUUUAGCAUCUGGGUUAGGACUUAAAUCUCAGAAAGCCCGUCAGACUCUCUGGUUCAGUUGAUGAUGAAAGAAGAGAUGGAGUGAGAGAUGCAAAGCGUUUUAAGUACUUUUGAAACAAAAUCUGAUUCGGAGAUUUAAGUUUGUCACAAGUUUUUUUUAAUUAUUUUUAAAUUUUUUUUAAUGUUGAAGGGUGAAUGCUGGUGAUUGACAUCCUUUGACUUGGGUCCUGAUCAUGGCUAGGCGUCAUGGCUGGCAACUUCCUGCUCACACGUUUCAGGUGGUGGCAAUAACUGUUUUCUUCCUGCUAUCUGUUGCUUUCUAUGCCUUUUUUGCUCCCUUUCUUGGGAAGGACAUCUAUGAAUACAUAGCCAUUGGUAUUUAUUCCUUUCUGGCUCUCUGUGUGUUUAUACUUUAUGUUAGAUGCACAGCCAUUGAUCCUGCUGAUCCUGGCAUUCUCAUCGAACCUGACAAGACAUUGACUCAUAGGUCACAGAACAACUCAGAGUUCCCCGAGGAGCCAAGCAAGGUAGGAUUGAACAAUGAAGGAAAAUCCGAACAACAUAGCUCAGGUUGCUGUUCGACAGUUGGAGGGCUCUUUUGUGGUUUUCUCGUGAAGGCCGAUUGCCGGAAAGAUGAAGACCAUUUACAGGAGCAAAAUGGAGAGGAAGAGGCUUUGUUCUGCACAUUGUGCAAUGCUGAGGUUCAAAAAUUCAGUAAACAUUGCCGGAGUUGUGACAAAUGUGUUGAUGGAUUUGAUCAUCAUUGCCGGUGGUUAAAUAAUUGUGUGGGAAGGAAAAAUUAUAUCACUUUUGUGUGCCUAAUGGCAGCAAGCCUUGUCUGGCUUGCUUUUGAGUGUGCGGUGGGCAUUAUGGUCCUUGUUCGUUGCUUUGCUGAUAGAAAGGCUACAGAACAUCAGAUAACAGAUAGACUUGGAGAUGGAUUCUCUCGACCCCCAUUUGCCACUGUGGUGGCACUCUGCACAGCUGUUUCUUUUCUUGCAACUGUGCCUCUGGGUGAACUGUUCUUUUUCCACAUAAUUUUGAUUAGAAAGGGUAUUACAACAUACGAGUAUGUUGUUGCUAUGAGGACCCAGAGUGAACCUCCUGGACCCUCUAUCGACGGAGAAGAACAGCAGAGCCUGCCAUCAUCGCCAACAAGUUCUGCUGUGACUGCAAUUAGUGGUAGAAGUUCUCUUGGAAAGGGCUUGCAGUAUAAAGGUGCUUGGUGCACUCCUCCUAGAAUCUUUAUGGACCAUCAGGAUGAGAUUAUCCCUCAUCUAGAGCCAGGACGCUUACCAUCCACAGUUGAUCCAGAUGCAUUACAAGCUGAUAAGGGGAAAAAGGUAGCGCAGCGUCCAGUCCGAAUUAGUGCAUGGAAACUUGCAAAACUAGAUUCUAACGAGGCAAUUAAAGCUGGUGCCAAGGCUAGAGCUUCUUCAUCUGUUCUUCGUCCAGUGAGUUCUAGACAUCAUCAGCAUGAUGGUGAUCAUUUGUCGAGUACAAAUAUGAGCGGUAAAAGCAGUCCAACCAGUACGAACCAGGGAUUUUAUGAAAGGAAUGCUCGGGCAGGAACAUCAAGGUUAUCUUCCACGAAGAGCUCAUAUCCACCAAGUCUUGCAAGCAGAGAAGAUAUUGAAACAUGUGGUCACAGCAUUAGUAAUUUAAGCAGUCCUCUUGCGGCAAAUCUCACUGCUUCCCCACAGGGGCUGGAAUCUUCGAACAGAGGCCACUUCAACCCAAUAUAUCAGUCCUCUGCAGAACAAUCACCUUGGUCGGUGAAAGCCGGUGAUGGGAAUGGGAAUGAGGCUGGUGUAGGAGAUGAUCUGAACCAGAACCUUGCGAGGAAAAACAAUCCUGGAGUUACGGAAAACCCCAAGUCGUCAGUGUAUUGGGAUCAGGAAGCUGGGCGGUUUGUGUCUGCAGCGACAAGAAACACUGGUUCUUGUUCCUCCCAGGUUUCUGGAGCUGAGCUCACGUACACGGGCCAAUCCAUUUUCUUUGGUGGCCCAUUGGUGAGCGAGCAGCUAGGUAGAGGAGGGACGAGAAGCGGCGGCGGAUUGGCAGCUGGACCGCAACAAAGCUCGGGAUCAAGUUUGUAUCAGCAGGGUAGAACACAGCGGGGAGGUCAGCUUCCUGUGUUCGUUCCGAGCGAUUCGCAGCAAAACCAAUUUUCUUCUAGGUUUCAAUGAGGUUUAGGAAACAAGAUACUGAUUUAUUUCGAUUCGUAAAAUAUAUAUAGAAAUAGAUCUCCAGUUCAGUUA